CAAACACACAUAAAUGCAAUGCAUGAUAUGGCCAAACAGUUUAGUUAUCUAGUUGUUCAUUAAUAGCUACCAACAACUGCGAACUGUCAUUAUUACAAAUAUACUGAUCUAGAGAAGUUCAGUAAUUAUUACUUUCACAUUACAUAAUUCAAAGGAAUAUCAUAACGGAUAGUGAAAUUUAUUAUUGACCUAACAAGUGUCUGAUAUUAAAUCAAACAGGUGCAAAAUAUAUGUUUUGCUUUUGCAACCUGUUCGACGGAAUAGAAAGUACACUAUGAUUACACCCUAUCUAUAACCUUCAUGGCCCUAAAUACUAUUCACUAACCCUGGGAAUCUAUAAGAAUACUAAUAUCAAAGAAUCUUUUGACAAACACAUAGACACGUUCAUUUAGUAAUUGAUCAUGUGUAUUCUAUGAUAUUCAAUUUGGGGCAAAAAGUAAAAACAGACGGUUCAAUCAAUAAAACACAAUUUUUUAAAUCAAAAAACGUUUGAAUUCUAUCAGAAGAAUCUACAUUCUCAUAUUAUGGAUAAUCGUAGCAGAAAGAAAAACAAAUCAAUCUCUUGUUUAGAUGAACAAACCGACAUUAUCACUUCUGUUAAUCUCAAUAAACAAAAUAAUAUUAACACUAAUAGUAAUAAUACCGAUAACAUUACCAGUAAUAAUAGUAACAAUAAACACUUUACGACAUCAUCACCUUCAACUUCAUCAUCACCAAAAAUGAAAACAUUGAGAACAACGAUAACAGCAAUUAAAACACCAACGAUGAAUAGUCCUGCUCGGAAGAUUAUGAAUACAUCAUCUCACUCACCAUCAUCACUAUCCUCUGAUCAAUCAACAAUGGUAACAGUUAAAACAAGUCAAAAUAUUGAUAGUGAAAAUCAAAAUGGUCAACAACAAUCAUCGUCAUCAGCAUUAGCACAGAAUACAAACAACACAACUAAAGUGGAUACUAAUAAUAUUCAUAGUUUUUCAUCAACUGAUUCUGGUCGUAGUAGUAUAAGUAGUAGUCAGACAAGUAAUGGUGAGGAAGUCUCCGAGAACAGAUUUGAUAAAACUAAAGUUAAUGCAUUGACAGUAACAAAAACUGAUGUAAGAUCAGAUAGUCAUAAAUCAGAUGGUAGUAGUAAGAGUAGUAGUAAUAAUAAUAGUAACAAUGAUAACUCUAAUGAUGGUUUACCGUCUGUUUCAAGUGAACUGGAUAUCUAUUCUGAUGUGACACUUAUUCCAAGAUCAACUGUAACAGUUGAUUUCACUAUAAAACCAGGGAAAAAAUCUACGAAACGUGUUAAUGGACGUAAACCAGUCAAAGGGAUUAAAACAACUACACGACACAAUGUUGAUAGAACAAAACAAAAUGAACUGAAGCUACAUGAUGAAUUGCUUUCUGAAUGUGAGUUAGGAACUUCAUCGUCAAGUUCGUAUACAAUAUCAGCAUCCAAGGUCAACCGUCAACACAAACUCGAGAAAAUAUAUCCACAAACUUUUAAAUCAAAAUCCGUAAAUAAUCAGUUAUCAUUUCAAGACUGUUCAAUUAAUGCCGAUAAUAUUAAAAAUAAUAUUGAGUCUGGUCAAGAAAGUCAACAAUCCACUACUCCAGACUUAUCAUCUAUUCCAUCCCUUAGUUCACCUUCACCAUCAUCAACAUCACCGUGUUCAAUGAGCCGAACUAAUCACACCACAGACAAAACAGCUAAAGAAAACUCCAGUCUACCAGCUGAAAUUCAAAUAAGAACUCCAUAUAAUGUUACCCAAAGAAGAAAAGAACUCUUCACUCAAAUAUCCAAUAAUAUUUCUGAUCAUGAAGGAGAUUGUUGUGAAUUACGUAGUAAUACUUCAGAUAUAGAAACUACCACUUUCAAUAACCUUUCGAUCAGUAUCAGCACAUCAAAUGACAUGAAUGAAUUGAAUCGAGAAACGAAAAGUGAAAUUUCUUCACCACUUGGCUUUGUUAAAACAACAGAAAUAACAAGAUCUAAUUCGAUUCCAGAUAUUUUUGAUAGUUCCACACCAACCAUAUCAAAAUCUAUCACGACCUCAAGUGUAUUAGUUAGUACGAAUUCAUCAUUAAGAGCUGGCGCAUCAAAUACAACUAACUUCUAUACUAGAUCAAAAUCUAAUUAUGCAUCAAAAGAUACAGAUCACUUUAUUAAUCAUAGCUUUGCUACGAAUAGACGAAAAUCUCGUUACAACUCAAACAACAAUAAUAACAUAGACUAUUCUAACCUUAAUUUAAAAUCGCUUUUAAGUAAUAAAUACAUGAAAAGUUUUUUAAUGCAACCUUUUUUAAUUCCGGAUUACAUGAAUACUUCUGCAUAUACAACAGUCAACGGUUAUGACCUGGCUAAUCUGAGAAAAUCAUUUUUCAACAAUGAAGGAAGUAAACAAAAUUUUCAAACAGCUGCGGCGGCCGCUGCUGCUGCAGCUCUUCUACCAGAACCAGGUUUAUUCAUUAAUUCACCAUGUUAUUACUGGUUACCAUCAUUAGGAUUUAAUAACUAUACUAAAAAUACUACUACAACAUAUACUACAGAUUGUAUAAAGCUGUAUAACGAUAAAAUUACUAACAGUAAUGGAAAUAAUAGUAUGAAUUAUGUAAAUGGAGGUAAUCGAUAUAUGCUACAGCAAUUCGCUAAUCAAACGAAUCAUGGAACGGAUGAACCAAAGUCUUAUGAAACACCCAAAGUAUCGGUUUCAAAUGAUGAAAUUAAUCAUUCGAAACGUGAUUCUAAACUAUCCAAUAGUCAAAUUCAUACUAACAAUGUAAACAAAAUCGUAUCCAAUCCUAUAUCUCGUUCAAUGACAAAAUUGAAUUCUUUAGCACCAGAGGAUGCGAUAAAUAGUGAUAAUUUUGAAAAUCGUCCAAGUUCAGCUAAAGAUUUAACUUCUAACGAUGUACAGUCUAAAUUCGUAAAUGGUUCUACUAUGUCUAUUUACAAAGGAAGUAAUAGUUGUAAUAGUAAUAGUAAAACUAAUAGAAUUCAGUCAACCACAGGCUAUUUGAAUUCAGAUAGUAAUUCCGAUAAAUUAGGUUCGAUUAAGUAUGCAUCAACAGAAUCGAAUCCAGAAGUGAUGCUUAUGAAUAUAACCAAUUCAUCGGGACAACCAAUUUCAAUAAUUACUAAUCCAAUACAAAUUGAUACAUCGCAAGUGUCUAACGAAGAUAUUAUGAAUACUGGUCGAAGUGGAACAGUCUCAUCAGCAGUAAAAAUAGAAGCAGUGUCGACAGCAACAACAGCAACAACGACAACUACCACAGGACUAACAGCUAAUUACAUUCCAAAUCCAGACUCAUAUUUAACGGCUCCUACUACAUUCUUUUAUUUCUAUAACAAUGAAGGGCAGUUAUUUGCACUUCCAAGUAAUGCAUUAAUUUUUCCUACUACUGUUGGUCGCCUUGGCACAACAACUGUAUCAAAUGAGACAGCAUAUAGUAGUCCAUCAACAUUUAUUACUCCACAAGUGAAUGGAAAUAACGGUAGUACCAAUUGUUGUAAUAAUUCUUCCACCAUUCGUACUACAAGUUGUGUUUCUAGUUAUGAAGUUCCAGAGCAACUGUAUUCAGGUCCAAAUUAUAGUACUAUUCUUAAAAAUACUGAUAAUAAUCAAUGUCGUGAUCUUAUAUCGAGUUAUUCAGUGCCUAUACAACCUUCAUUUCUUAAUGGAUUUCAUCAAUGGGUACCUGGUCAAAUUACCUUAGAUAAUCAAACAGGAAUUCAACAACUUCAAAACUCUUCCACUAAUUCUUUAGUGAUGCCAUCGAAUCAAGGUGUAAUUUUACAUCCAUCAUGUCCAUUUCCUUUACCUUCAGUUGGAUUAAUUCAACCAUUAAUAUCAAAUAUUUAUUCUAAUCAAAAUUUCAAUUCUACAUCUAGUUCAGAUGAUAAUAGUAAUCGUAAUAAUUCAUCUAAACAAAAGAAUAAUCAAUCUAAUAUUUGUUCACUUAUGAAUCGCUCUACAGAUCAAUUUAAAUUACGUCGUUUUACUAAUGAUCUACCAAGUUUAUUAGGUAAUGCUAAAUCAACACGUUCAGGUAUGACUUCUGGAAAAUUAAUUAAUUCCAGUAAUAAUCAUUCAAAAUAUUCCGGUAAAGGUUUAAUGUCCACAUUUUUGGAUGAUUAUAACAAUACAUUAAAUAAUCAGACAGUUGCUAAUCGUCAGAAAAAACAUGCAUCUAAAACAAAUCUUUAUAUUCGUGGAUUACCAACUUCAUUUACAGAAGAAGAGUUGCAUACUUUAGCACCAGAUCGAAAAUUGAUACGAUCAGUGAAGUUAAUUGCUGGAGCUGAAGGCGAAAUGUACGGAUUUAUUGACUUUGUGAAUAAUGAAGCGGCUAAAUCUGCUUUGUUGCAUAUUAAAUCAGGAAAUCGUGAAUUAUAUGUAAAUUUUGCUUAUGAGUCUGAAAAAGAUCCACAAAAUGUUUAUAUUACCAAUAUUCCUGAAUCGUGGACAGCAUCUAAUGUUGAAGAUUUGAAACAAAUCUUUCAACCUUAUGGACCUAUAGCAACUGCGAUUGUAAUGACAAAGAGAUCGAAUAAUUUCUGUACAGGUGCUGGAUUUGUACGUUUUGUUCGGUCUGAAGAUGCUCAGAGAGCAAUUGAUGGAAUUCGUAAUGCACAAAUCACAUUAGAAAAUGGUAAAGGGCCAUUAGAAGUUAAACUGGCUGAUAGACAAAAACCAUCAGACGAUCAACCAAAUACUACAAAAGUAAGAUCAUCAAAACGUAAUAGUGAACCACCAGAAUCAUUGACAUCAACGUCAUUAAUGAAUGGAAAUGAAGAGACUGCACGACAUUCACGUACAAGAAAACAAUCUGACUGUUUAUUACCUAAUGAUAAUCAACUAUCUAAUCAUAAUGUCAUUAACUCAAAUCAAUUACGAUCAAAUCCUGGUGUUUUGGGACCAGCUACUGAUCUAACCUCAUGGGAUGUAACAAAUCGUUUAAAUAAUUCUGAUUCAUUAAUGUUAGCAUUACGUGCGGCUUGGGCAUCGAAUUCUUUACAGAAUUCCAACUUUUUAUUACGUAAUUCUAUUGGACAAAAUAAUUUAACAUCUACUAACGAAAAUAAUCGAGGUUUAUUACCAAUUCCUAAUCAAACUAUACAGUUGACUAAUUUUAUGUCACAACAAAAAUUACCUAAUGGAAUUUUACAUAGUCAAAAUCCUGUUCAACAUAAUUUAGUAACUGGACCAACUGCUGUAGCCGCAGCAGCAGCAGCACAAGCUGUUACUGCCUUAUUGCCUUUCUCUAGACCAAUUGACAAUUAUUCAUUAUCACAAGCACUUAUGCAUACACCUGUUGCACCUUCAAUGAUUGGUCCAAUGAUCCAGCCUGCUUCCAACUGGACUACAAGUCCAUUAAUAUCAAACAUUUACCAGUCAAUAUAAAUAUUUGUGAUAAUGUAUGGAAAAGCAAUGUGAAAUCAAAAGAAGCAUAACAAGUUGUCGUUGCUAUUGUCGUUUUCAUACGAAACAAAACUCCAUUUUUUUUAAAAGUUCACAGAGUUACAAUAAACAAAUAUUUCUUUCGUCAGAAAAAAAACCCAGAAUAACAAAGUUCAAAAAAACCCAUUUCAACACAUUGCGUCACAGAUACAAUGAAUAUAAUUUGAUCACAUUGGUCAAAGAAUAAAUGUGGUUGGUUGUGUAUGUUUGUGUUUGUUUAUGCGUGAUCUUGAUUACCGUAUGUUAGUAUGUUUCAUGG